UGCGACCUGACGUUCAGCCGGCAGCAUAACCUGAAAUCGCAUGCGCUGACACACUCGACAGAGCGGCCGUUCCAGUGCCCGAUCUGCCAGACGCCGUUCCGGCGGCAGCACGACCUGAAGCGGCACAUGAAGCUGCACACGGGCGAGAAGCCACACACAUGCACCAACUGCGGGCGGUCGUUCGCACGGCUCGACGCGCUGAACCGGCAC